GAGUGCGCUGAGUUCAGAGCGAAAAACUGCGCUGAAAAGUCACCGGGUCUGAAUGGCUCAGCGUUGGACUACCGGUUUAACAGUCAAACGCGACAAUUUAUCCGUUGUAACUUCAUCAGUGGAGUUAUUUCAGUACUGACAGCUGCUUUUUCCACCUCGAAUUUGAGCGAUGCAGUUGCCGGCUUUACCUGCUCUGAUAAGGAUAACAAACAGACUGAUGCACGAGAGACUGUAAACAGACUGACUUCCCUUUAAACCCAAACAGAGCAGCAGAUCACGACUAAACAUUUAAUGCCACAGGGCAUUGAGUUUGUGAAGCGUUGCGCAGCAGCACAGUGGCUCCUCCCUCAGGCCAGUCGCAGCACCGCAGCAACACCCAGCCGCAAAUCUGCUUCAUGGCCACAAGUCCAAAACGCUGCAGUACAUAUGACUGUUAACAAAAGGUGGGAAGGUAAACUUACAAUCAGGAGGCAGUGAGGUGACGCAAAAGACGUAUGACAUGGAGGUCAAAGGUCACCUGAUAACAGGCCCUGACCCCACAAAAACGGGGGACAUUUGGGGGAUUCCUAUGAGAGCUGCAGGCCGCUAUGGACAGUAAGCAGCGUGCGGAGCGGAUGGUGGAGCUGCAGGAGCGCCGGAGGAGUCUUCAGACGCUGCUCAACACUCGAAUAGCAGAACUCAAACGCGUGUGUCUGCAGGAAGCGGAAUUGACGGGUGAAGUUCCUCAUGACUAUCCUUUGGAAACCGGAGAGAAAGUCCCUCAUGUGCGGCGCAGGGCUGGUCUGUCCCGCAGCGGGUCCAAACAUAACACAAAAAAUGAGGAAGAGGACGUCUCUCAGCGCAAGACAAAGAAAACUCUGUUCAGCGGCGCCCUCCGCAGGCACGCCGAUUCAGAACAGCAUCCUCCACACAGCAAACGAACGGUUCACAGAGGAUGCCACACAGAUAACGCGGUGAAGUCAGAGAGCAGCUCCACCUCAGAUUCCACCAAUCAGGACACUGAAGAUGCCUCUGACGGCCUGUCGCCCUCACAGCCCCGGCUGGUCUCGGGGAGCCCAGACAACAGGUUUUCUCGAAAACUCUCCCCCGUGGAGAUCUAUUACGAGAUGAAAACACGCCGCAACUCUGUGGCCAGCUCAGCCAGCCCGAGUCACUCUCUUCCACGAAGUGUGUCGAAUCUGGAAGGUAGAAGUGUCCCGGCAACUCCGCUCCUGUCCCGCAAUGGCAUAGCAGGAGUGCACAUCAGGUCAGAAUCAUCCAGCGGCACCGCUGCCGUGAAGCAGUGGUCAGACAAUCCCGAGGCGUCCCAUCAGGUGCCUCUGCAGUCUCAGGAGGGGUCGUCCUCAGGGUCCUACGAGCAAGGGCACAGACGUAGCAAUAGCUCCGAGACGUUACUCGACCGGCACGGCACCGCGGCGGAAGACGGAGGUCAAAGGUCAGGCAUGCCUGUACGAAACGGCCCGUACAAGAGCUCAGAAGCCAUCAUGGACACGACUUUAAAACAGGCGCAGCGGAGCAGCCCCGAACGGCAGGUAAACGGGCACACGGAACUGGCCCGUGUUCGCUCGACCUCGGGAGGUCGAGGAACGAACGGAGGUGGCGGUUACAGUGAAAUCCUCAUGGAUUAUGUGUGGGGGAAGCAGCAGAAGAUGCAAGCUCAGCAACAACAAAGACUGCAGGUGCAAAGCAAUGCAAAAUCCCGUCCGUGGCCCGACGGUCCCAGUGCUCCUCCGCCUCCCUACAGGAACGGCUUUCCCCAGUCGCAGCAGCUUAUCCUGGCCAGCGGCCCUCCGGCCUACAGCCCUCUCAUGCUGAGAGGGAAACCCGGCGAGCCACGGAGGGUCAAAGUGUCUCGCACCAAAUCCUGCGGCCCGUUCGUUCCCUCACAGCAGCACCAGCAAGAGUCCAUCCUGCUCUCUGCCUACACCGAAACCACCACCUCCAAUGGGACCGCCGUUAAUGCCGCGCAUAACCAGCAGGUCGAGCACCCACACAGACCGCCCCAUUACCCUCUCGACUCCUCCGCACCCACCACCCCGGACGACCCCACGCGCAGCCUGCAUAAGGCCCUGGCGCUGGAGGGGUUGAGAGACUGGUAUCUGCGGAACGCGCUGGGGCAGACGGCCAACGGAGGGAAGGGUAAAGACGGGACGCAGACUCAGCGCAGGCGUACCACGUCCUCUCUGCACAACUCACAGCCCCAUCCGCCCCUCAAACACCAGCCACAGUCUUUCCAAACAGACACGUCGUAUCCACACAUGCCCCAGUCUGCCACGUUUCAUGGACACCCUCUACACGGCAGGUCGAUGGAGCUCUCUUUGUACCAAGAUACCUUUUCGUCUAAAAUGCAGGACAUGACACUUACAGAGAGCAGCGCUGACAGACCCACGCCAGGCACGCUGGUCUGACGCGCAAACAAACACAAAGAGACGACAGCAAACACCAGCUUACGUGUGUAUGGAAUGGCAGACUGAGAGAAUGCCAUAAUGGACUAUUAAGGAGACUUUUUGCUUCCUUCAGCGAUUAGAAUUGAGUCAUUCUGACUGAAAUCGGUCUAGCAUCCCUGCUAUACUAACAAAUGCUAAGCUACCACUGACAUGGGACAAAUACUCGUACUCAAGACCCUUUUCAGCAUGAAAUCAAGCCGUCUUCUAGUUUCACAUCAUCUCUGGGUUCCUGCAGACUUAUUAAUUUCCCUCUUAAUCAGCAAACGUAGUAGCAAGCUCUGGCAAAUGAGUAAACAUUAGUAAACAACGUGAGUUGGUUCUAUCACACUAUUUCCAGCCUCGAUAUGAAUUUGUUGCAAAAUACACACAAAGAGUUGAGUGAGAAUCCAGACCUCGCAAAAGUACUGCUGGCCCUUUGAAAAAAGAAUCAGGAUCUUCUCAAUGUUUUUAUGGAAGUAUUUCUAUGCAAAUUACAAUCAAGAAGACUGUGUUUAGAGAAAAUGAAUCAUUUGAGUUUUGGUUUUGUCAUUCUGAGUAGCAGGAGAAAAAAAAACAAACAAAAACAAGCCAAGUCGUAAACUUCGAUGGACUGUUCUAGAGAUCACAGUAUUUCAUGAAAUGAAUAAAUCUGUUAGUAUCUUUAUUAAUAAAUGAAAACAUGGAGGAGUGUAAAUGUGCUCAGACUUUAAGAAUGGCACAAAGGUCGCUGUGCGGCUCAAACGACAUCUUUAUCUGUGUCACUCGUAUUUAUGAUGAUUUCUAUUUCCUCAGGCUGUAACUAUACCAGUAUUAAUAUACACAAUCACACAGAAAACAGAGAAAUGCACAGGUAGAAUAAGGGGAUAAAUGACAUUUUAAAAAUUGAAACUCCUGUCAAGAACAUAUUUCACUCCAUAAUCACAAGAAAUUGUUUUAGGUUUAUAUUAAGAUUUUAAAAAAAGAAAUCAGUACCUUCAAAAAGAUUUGCAUUUGGACAUUUUCAUGGCAAGAAAAGCACUUUCUCAUUACCGUGAUAGAAAAACAUAAUUAUAUUAUGGAUUUAUGGAUCAUCAUAGUACUUAUUUUGCUGGAUUUGUGCUGAUUUAAAAAACAAAAACAAGAAUCUUUUUUGAGCAGAAUACAUUUUAAUAAAACGACCCCUAAGAAUAAUGAGAAAUAUAAAAAUGAUCAAAGGCAAAACAACCAGAUGCAUUAUGAUAAUGACAACUGAGAGGGACGUUUUAGCUCAGUUUUCAUAAAUAUCAUGUCACAAUACAAAAUAAUAAUAAUAAUAGGUCUUAAAAAUAUGCCUCAUUUUAUUUAACUCAUUAAGAAAAAUACUGUGUAAAAUACAUAUAUUUUUCUAAUAAUAGUAAUAAUAAUAAUAAUAAUAAUAGGUCUUAAAAAUAGGCUUUUUAUUUUAUUUUAAAAAUAUAGUAUUUAUAGUAAAUUAUAAUAAAAAUACACUACCAGUCAAAAGUUUUUGAACAGUAAGAUUUUAAAUGUUUUUUAAUGUUUUGUUUAUUUGAUCCAAAGUACAGUAAAAACAGUACAAUUUUGAAAUAUUUUUAAUCACAUCAAAAUAUUUGAUAUCAAUAUCAAAUAUUUAAAAUACCUGUUUUCUAUUUAAAUGUAUUUUAAAAUGUAAUUUAUUCCUGUGAUUUCAAAGCUGAAUUUUUAGCAUCAUUACUCCAGUCAAGUGAUCCUUCAGAAAUCAUGCUAAUAUUCUGAUUUGCUGCUCAAAAAAACAUUUAUUAUUAUUAUUAUUAUUAUUAUUAUUAUGUUGAAAACAGCUGAGUAGAAUAGAAAGUUCAGAAGAACAGCACUGAUCUGAAAUAGAAAUCUUUUGUAACAAAUGUCUUUAUCCUCAAUUAAAGUAUUAAUUUCUAUAAUUAUAAUAAAUAUAAAUGCUAAACUUUUAAUCUUUCUAUUAAUGAAAGAAUCCUGAAAAAAAUAGACUCAACUGUUUUAAAUAUUGAUAAUAAUAAAAAAUGUUUUCUGAACAGCAAAUCAGCAUAUUAGAAUGAUUUUUGAAGGAUCAUGUGACUCUGAAGACUGGAGUAAUGAUGCUGAAAAUUCAGCUGCACAUCACAGGAAUAAAUUACAGUUUAAAAUGUAUUCAAAUAGAAAGCAGUGAUUUUAAAUAGUAAAAAUAUUUCACAAUAUUACUGCUUUUGCUGCACUCUGGAUGAAAUAAAUGCAGGUUUGGUGAGCAGAAGAGAGUUCUUUAAAAAAAACAUUAAAAAUCUUACUGUUCAAAAACUUUUGACUGCUAGUGUAUAAUCUUAUUUUCUUCUGAUUUUGGGGUGUUACAUGUUUCUCAGAGACUGGUCUUUAACGUAUCAGGAAUUUAUAGAAACGACCACUAGGAGGAGCCCCAUUAUCUGUUUUGAAGGGGUUCUGGCUCCAUUCAAAUCAGCAGAAUCCACUGCAGAUGCAAAAUGUCCUGCCAGGUGCAGUGCUUGUCGCAAGAAUCACCAGCUUCUUGUGUAUAGCGCCUUAAUUGCAAUUGUUCAUUGUUUUUCCUAUCGGAUUGAGUGCACAUGUCAGUGUUUACUGUAUGUCUCGAUAAUUAGAUUGCAUGAAAUGAAAAGGAUUAAUUAACCAAAUCAGGACUUUGCCAAGACUAGUAAUUUUCCCAAACCCUCCUUUAGAAUUACGAUACUCAGAAUGUGGCGUUGCCUACUAAUGCCAGGAUGCCAACCUUUGACCAUUGUGCCUAGAAAAAGACUUGUUGAAACAAUGACGUGUGUUUCUCACAGCCAGUUUAAAUAAGAAUUAGGCUUCCGCUUAUAAACUACCGAUCUGAUUCUCUCCUUAAGACAAUUGAAAAAACAGGCAUUUGGAUUGCUGGCUAAUCCACUCUGAAUAAUAGCUGUGGUCUGCUGUUUCUUAGUGUUAGUGCUCCCUUCUAAAAAACAUUGAUGUACCAGUGCAUGCGGGUAUCCGUUCUUCGCUAUUCCUUCUUGAUUUUUAUUUGGUUCAUUGUGUUUUCAUUAUGUAGGCAACUUGAUGUAGGUCUUGGGAAGCUUCUACAUGUCAGAUGCCUUUAUUAUGAAUAUAUCUGUAGAAUAUAUAACGCUGAGAGUUGAACUUACUGAAGCAAUCGAAACUUUCUCAGAUACUUUGUCACCAAAUGCUGCCGUGCUUGUCUCAGGACUACACUGAAAGCUGCUUUGAUUGUGGUCUGUCCAUUUGAAUCAACACCACUGAUGCAUGGAAGUGUCACCAAUAGAAACGUCUUUCUUUUCUUUAUAUUUUGUAGUUAACACGAGACCCGUGAGAAGGUCGCCGAGCGUUUCUGAUGCUCGUAAAAACUUCACUGUAAAAAACAAUUUGUUGAGUCAACUUAAAAUAAUUUGUAACCUGGCUGCCUUAAAAUUUUAAGUUCAGUCAACUCAAGAAAAUUAUACUAAGUGACAAAUUAGAUAUUUGAGUUGAAUCAACUUAAAAUUUUUAGGCAGCUGGGUUACUUACCCAUCUGUUAAGUUUGGCAAACACAAAUAUCUAAGUUGUUACUUAGUACAACUUAACAUUUCAAGUUGACUAAACUUAUUUUAGUUGACUGAACUUAAAAUUUUAAGGCUGCAGGGGAACAAAUUAUUUUAAGUUGACUCAACAAAUUGUGUUUUUUUAUUUUUUACAGUGUUGCUGAGGACAUUUAAGGUUGUCUAUGUUUUAAAAGGUUAAGUUACACUUAAAUGAAAUAUGAUUAUUUCUGUUGAGAUGAUGAUCUAAAGGAUGAUGAAUAUGAAGGAUAACAGCCUAUUAUUUUUGAUUAAAGAUUUUCUGAUUUGAACUGAAGGCAAAUAAAACCAAUGAAGUUUGUCGUAUCUGUUUUGCUUCUACUUCAUGGUACCAAAUGUUAGAACUUUCUUAAGAUGUUCCCUCCCUGUUUUGGACAUUAUUGAUGAUUUUAUUUCCCCAGUUCCCAUUUUUAAUUGCCGUUUCCCUGCUCGUAUGUUUUAUCACUUUUGGAUGAAACCUUCCCAACUGUAUAUAGGCUAAUUUGCUGUUUUCUCUUUGGUUUUCAACAUUUUAUAUCUCUAUUGGAAAAAAAAUCUAAUGAAAAACCAAGACUGUACAAAGUUUGUUUUUAAUAAAGUGUUUUUUGGUCAUA